AUGGCGCCUUCAAAACCAACCCUCCCAUCCGUCGAACCAACCUACGAUCCCAGCCGUCCCCUAGCCACCGUCCAAUGCCUCUACAACCACCUCAUCCCCAACGUUCCCGGAAAAUCCAUCGUGGCCUACCUAAUCACGCUUCCUCCCAACGGAUCUACACCACCACACAGUCAUGCCGGUGCCUUCGUCAGCGCCCACAUCCUAUCUGGCUAUAUGCUAAACGCAAUGAACGACGACCCGAUGGAGCUUUUGGGACCGGGAGAUGAUUUCUUUGAACAUCCGGGAUGCCAUCAUAGAAUUAGCGACAAUGCGUGCGCAACGGAACCGGCGACUUUCUUUGCGUCGCUAGUGCUUGAUACGAAGACGGUGGACGAGUUGGGGGUGGAGGGGCUGACGGUUAUUGAUGACAAGUAUAUGGAGAUGAUUGCGAAUGCACAGAAGAAAUCUUGA